CCCACCGCCGUGGCGCCGUCUCGCCCUCCCGUCCCCGAUCGCGAAACCCUCUCCGCCGCUUGCCGGCGAUGGAGGCGCCGGACGAGGAGGCUGGGUUGAGGUUACCCGAGGGCGAGCGGCUGCUGGAGGUGACCCUCAUCUCCGCGCAGGGGCUCAAGCCCCCCUCCGGCCUGCGGCGGCGGCUGCAGGCUUACGCCGUGGCCUGGGUGGACGCCGGGCACAAGCUCCAUACCCGGCCCGACGCAGCGGGCGGGCUCGACCCGGCGUGGCACGCGCGGCUCCUCUUCCGCGUGCGCGAGGCCUCGCUCGCCGACGACUCCCGCGCCGCCGUCUCCGUCGAGAUCUACGCGGCCGCCGCGGGCUCCUGGCACCUCGGCGGGGACUCGCUCGUGGGCUCCGCGCGAUUCCUGCUCGGCGACCACCGCCUCCUAUCCCGCCCCGUCGGCUCCCCCUCCAUGUUCGCGGUCGGCGUGCGCCGCCCCUCCGGUAGGGUCCACGGCCUCCUCAACGUGGCCGCGAGCCUCGUCGCGGUCCCGCCGUCCCCGGCCGCCUGCCACGCCCUCCACCUCUCGCCCGCCGUCUCUCUCAGCGGCCUCUCCGUGGCGCCCAACCCGAACCGCGUGCUCCGCGUCCUCAACCGCGCGCACCCCACACCUCCACCGUCCCCGAAGCUACUUACGCCCAAGAAGCAGCAGAUGGUGGUCAAGCCGAACAACAAGGUCGCGGACGAUGGCAGCGAUGAGGAGGGGGGCGAGGAAGAGGCGAGGGGGAUGGGCGGGGUGAUGUUCUGCGGGCCUUGCGUCUUACCGUAUCCAAGAAGGAUACACACAAGCCCCUCAGACGAGAACCUGCAGGCCUUCGCUCGCAUCUUCUCUGGCGGGCUCAGGCAUUGCCGAACGGAGCCCUCAUUGCCAAGAAGCCCGUGCAAUGCAGAACAAUUUUCAGCUGAGACAAUCAUAAAUUGACUGGAGGACUGCAAUUGAACAUGGAAAUUUUUUAGUGGAAAAUUGAGAAAAUCAUCUCUCUUAUAUGAGAUGAUGUCGGUUAAUAUGUAAGGCAAUGGGCUAACAUAUAUUAUGGCAUCAUAUAACCUAUCAGUAAAGGAAAUUUCCGGUGAUAUAUCAGACAAUGGAAGAAAUACAAACUGUUCUAAGAUAUAUUUCAGUUUGCAGUCUAUGCUCUGUGAUCCAUUCCUUUACCUUUUUUAGGGAGCCUUUUUGGUAUACUCAGAAAGGGGUAUAAUAACCUCUGCAGUUAAUCAAAAAAAAAAACCUCUGCAGUUCAGCAUGGCAACUCUUUUCCGUCGCUUAUUCCCAGUAAGAAACACAAAAGGAAUCUUGAGAAAAUGCAAAACAUCAGGGGGGUCUAAAUCACAUGUUUGGUUGAGAAGACGAGAUGAGGCUGCAAUCAAUUGUAAGUAGUUUCACGAUAGUAGUUUAGGGCCCUAUGUUACUAUGUAAACCAGAGGUUGCGUGACAAACCAACUGUAAAUAUCAAGUUAGCAUUCUUCGCUCUUACUUUGAGAUGAAUUUGGUGUUUCAAAA